AUGGUCUUACAAGAGUCAGUCGAUGCGAUCGUGAAGGAGUUCACAGUGGACUCUGCUAAGCUCGAGGAGCUUACCAACCACUUCAUCAAGAGCAUCGAGGAAGGGUUGGAACAUGCGCCUGGUGAGAAAUCAAAGGGCCUGCCUAUGAUUCCAACGUUCGUGACGAGCAUCCCUAAUGGGCGUGAGAGAGGUGUCUUCUUAGCUGCUGAUUUGGGUGGUACGAACUUCAGGGUGUGCUCUGUUGAGCUGAAGGGCAACUCGACCUUUAAGCUCGAGCAGCUAAAGAACAGGAUCCCUGAUGACCUGCUGGAGGCUGAGACGUCCGAGGAGCUGUUUGGCUACUUGGCUAAGAAGAUUGCGCAGUUUGUUGACAAGUACCAUCCUACCGGCUCCACAGACACCACUGGUAAGCUCAAGCUGGGCUUCACCUUCUCCUAUCCAGUUGACCAGACCUCGCUGUCGUCAGGAACGCUGAUCCGCUGGACUAAGGGCUUCAAGAUCCAGGACACCGUCGGCAAGGACGUGGUCAAGCUGCUGCAGGACCAAUUGGACAAGAUCAAAUGUCCCGUGGACAUUGUGGCGUUGGCCAACGACACCGUCGGGACAUUGCUGUCCCACGCCUACUCCUCAGGUGCGUCUCCAAACGGUAACCAGGGUGAUACCGUCAUAGGCGCGAUCUUUGGAACAGGUACCAAUGGCUGUUAUAUGGAGCCUCUGGAGGCCAUCAAGAAGCUGGACCCUGAGCUGGUGAAAGAGCUCAAGAGCAAGGGUGUCACUCAUAUGGUGAUCAACACGGAAUGGGGUUCAUUCGAUAACGAGCUGAAACACCUGCCAAACACCGUUUACGACCAGAACAUUGAUAAGGUGUCUUCGAACCCUGGUUACCACAUGUUUGAGAAACGUGUGAGUGGUAUGUUCAUGGGCGAAAUCCUCAGACAGGUGUUGGUUGAGAUACAUUCAAAGGGCGAUAUCUUCACGCAGUACUUUGAGUACGACGAGCUGCCUCAUAGACUGAGAACUCCAUUCGAGCUGGACUCCGAGGUGCUGUCGCAUAUUGAGAUUGACGACUCUACAAACCUCAGAGAGACUGAGCUAUCACUGUUGCAAUCCUUGAGACUGCCAACAACUAUCGAGGAGCGUAAGGCGAUCCAAGCCAUAGUGAGAGCAAUCUCUCGUCGUGCUGCCUACCUCGCUGCUGUGCCAUUGGCUGCCAUUCUCAUCAGAACCAAGGCCCUUGACGGUUACCACAAGGAGGUUGAGAUUGGUGUUGACGGCUCUGUUGUGGAGUACUACCCAGGGUUUAGAUCCAUGAUUAGACACGCUCUGGCUCUUUCACCAAUUGGGCCUGACGGAGAGAGAUCAGUGCACAUCCAGAUCGCAAAGGAUGGAUCUGGUGUUGGUGCUGCUCUCUGUGCAAGUACUGUCAACUGA